AUGGCGCCCAUAGCGAUCCGCACCCUCUUCCACGUGAUGGUGUGGAGGGACUUCGGCCACAUCUCGAACCUCGUCUCGCAGCUCGUCGAGGUCAUCAGGAAGGAGGACCGCGUCAAGAUCAGGAGAGUCGGCGUUGCCACCCUCAGGAACAUUCUGAGCAAGGGCGAGAACAACGAACAGAUGAUCAAGGCCGGCAUGGUCAAGCUCGCUGCUGGUCUCACGCAGAAGAAAUGGAAGGACGAGGACAUUGAGCAGGAUCUCGCGGUGCUGAACGAGGUGCUCGAGAAGGACGUGAACGUGCUCAACUCGUUCGAGCUGUACAGGGAGGAGGUCAUGUCGGGCAACCUCGUUUGGUCUCUGGUCCACCGCUCGGAGAAGUUCUGGAGGGAGAACGUGGGCAGAUUCGAGGAGAACAACUUCAAGGUUUUGGGGUCGUCGAACAACCCGCAAGUGUUGGCCAUCGCCUGCUACGACUUGGGCGAGUUCGUGCGCUUCCACCCUCGCGGCAGAAAAGUGCUUUCUAAGAUGGACGGUAAGGUGGAUAUCAUGAACCUCAUGACCAACAACCCCGACGCCGAGGUGCAGAAGCACGCCCUGCUCUGCGUGCAGAAGAUGAUGGUCCACAACUGGGAGUAUCUCUCGAACGCGAACUAA